AUGUCUUCAACAACAGCAUCAGAGCUUUCAGAACUGUGGAUACGGAAUGCUCAAGUACCUGGUGUAAUUUCCACAACCGUCCAAGACUUGAUUGCCCAGCGCGCAAGCAUACAGAGCGAUCAUCCCGCUAUUGUUGCUUGGGACGGAAAUUACACCUAUGAAGAAUUGAUGCGUUUGGCAUCAAAUCUAGCCAGCUUCUUGUCUCAACAUAUUGGCCAACACUCUGGCAAAGUACUGCCAAUUGUGACGAGCAAGUCAAAAUGGAUGCCUAUAGCCAUGGUUGGGGCCCUGAUCGGAGGCUGGGGAAUAGCUCCUCUAGAUGUCAAUACGCCAACAGCCAGGCUGGCCGAAAUUCUGGAUAUCCUGAAUCCACCUUGCAUCCUCACAACAUCGGAGAGCACAAUAUUAAUCGAUACAACAGUACCCUUAUUUGCUGUGGACGAACUCAGCCUCGAAGAUCAGCUAUUUAGUGGUGCAGAGCACCCGGCUGAGAAUACAUCUACAAAUAUCGCGGCUGUUGUAUUUACAUCCGGCAGUACAGGAUCGCCAAAAGGUGUGAUGCUAAGCCCAGAAUGCAUCUCGACUUCUGCGGUGUGUGGAUCACAAAUCCUCCAGCUUGGACAGAGUUCCCGGCUUUUCCAGUUUUCCUCGUAUUCAUUCGAUAUAAGCCUCCAUGAGACAUUCAUGACUCUGGUUGCUGGUGGAUGUCUUUGUAUUCCUUCAGAGACAGAGAGAUUAAAUAACCUUGUCGCAGCCAUCAACACAAUGCAGGCCAAUUGCAUUUGCACCACUCCGUCUAUAGUCAUGUCUGCGUUGGCUGAAGCCAUUGUCUCGACGCCAAUCAAAUUAGUUGUGCUCACAGGCGAGGCACUCACAUCACGAAUUGGCCCUUUAUUUGAAAUGGAUGUUUCCCUAUUCAAUUGGUACGGAGCAACGGAGUGUCCUGUUGUUUCUCUUGCGCCUAUAAUCAAGGAGAACUCGGCAUCCUCGCAGAUAAGAUCCAAGCAUCCAGGGAACUGUUGGGUGGUCCAACCUGAAAACACAGAUGUUCUCUGUGGGUUCGGUGAAGUGGGGGAGUUGUUAGUGGAGAGCCCAAUGUUGACGAUGGGAUAUCUGAAUGCGCCAGGGCAAACAGAAAGAGCCUUUGUUGUUGAUCCCGUAUGGCUAACUCACGGUCAUGGCUGUGUUAUGGGUCGACGAGGCAGGCUGUAUAGAACUGGAGAUCUUGUGCGAAGCAACCGAGACUGGACGUUCGAUUAUAUCGGCCGCAAAGAUACCAUGGUCAAAAUACGUGGCCAACGUGUCGAUCUGAGUGCGACCGAGUUCAGUAUCUGGAAUUAUCUUCAAUCAGGAGCCAUGGCAUCACCGGUCAGAGUGAAAGAGGUACUCGUUGAGUCGAUAAUACCCAACCAAAAUACCGACAGUGUCAGCAUUUCUUGUUUUUUAUACUUGGAAUGUCAACUCGAGCUUUAUCCCCAACACUUGCCACGGAAACGUCUAGCCCAGUCAACAAGUUCACCAAGUAUAAUUCUCUAUGCGCCCGACACAUUGUUACAGGACCUUCAAGCAGAGAUUGAUCGUUCUUUACGGGCAGUUCUUCCUGACUAUAUGACGCCAUCUCUAUAUUUCCAGCUCUCUGAAGUACCGUAUACUCCGUCCGGAAAAAUUAACAGAAAACUUCUGCGCUCUUUAGCCUCAGAGAUUUCCACUCAAGACUUGAUGGCAUGUCGUAUCUUUCCACAGGAAGGUUUUAUGUUGCCUCGCAAUGAUACUGAAGUGACUCUUCAGCGCCUUUGGGCAGAAACUCUGGGACUAGACACGGCCAUGGUUCACACAAACAUAAGUUUCCUUCAAUAUGGCGGAGACUCUCUUCGUGCUAUUGUCCUCGUUAAGGCAUUAAAAAGAGAGUUCAAUUUGAUCACACAAGUACCGCAGCUCCUGCGUCGAGAGACUACGAUUCAACAACUGGCAACACUGGUGAAGCAUCACCAAAAUGGCCAAACAGUCGAUGAGCCACAGGUGGAUAUAGCUACAAGUCUGGGAGCUUGGGAAGCACGACUUGGAAGCAUAUCCAUAAAUCUUCCGGACGCGAAUUCUCUAGGACGUCGGGGCUCCCAGGUACUACUAACCGGCGCGACUGGAUAUCUGGGAACACACAUCUUGGGUGAGCUGUUCAACAACCAUCAAGUGAGGAAGAUCAUCAUCCUAGUACGGGCAGCCGACAUUGACAUUGCCCGAGAACGGGUUCGCAAAGCCGCAAACACUGCAGGGUGGUGGAAAGACAGUGCAUUCUCUCGAAUCGAAGUCUGGUUAGGAGACUUGGCGGAGCCACGGUUAGGCUUACAAGAAGAAAAGUGGACAAAGAUGUCCAAUAUUGACAUAAUCAUACAUAACGGAGCUGUUGUGAAUUACAGUGCCAGCUACGACGUCCUAGAAAGGGCAAACGUCAUCUCAACCUUCCAUUUACUAGAGGCGGCUCUCCAGUCUCAACACCUUCGAAAUUUUAUCUUCAUCUCUGGUGGCAUCAAACAAGGCUUGCAUCAAUCAGAUGAAGAUUAUCUACGAGCUCUCAACGAAUCAGAAGCAUACAGCCAGACCAAAUACGUGUCGGAGCAACUGACACUAGCCGCAGGCCGCCUAUACAACAAAGUUGUCCACCCCGAUUCUAGACAAGAGGAUGAAAGGGGACCGACGAAUGGGAGCCGGACCUUCGUGGUUAUCAAACCUGGCUACAUAAUUGGUGAUCAAGUAUCUGGCCUUUCCAACACAGACGACUAUAUCUGGAGGCUGGUCGCCGGAGCAGUUCGCAUGGGAUGCUUUCCUUCUGACCCGCCAGACUAUUGGCUGGAUAUAGCAGAGGUUACAUAUGUCGCGAAGUAUGUGGUUCGCCAAGCGCAGCUGGGAGUUCCGAAUGGUUCCUCCGUACCUAUAACCCCUCCUAUGUCCAUACACAGCGGCUGCUCUAGCCCCAGCAGCAAAGAUGAUCGAGAGAAUGGAACAACGAACCCUACUGUGGUAUUUCAUGAUAUGAGCCGCGGUUUACCGGUUAACGAAUUUUGGAAUGCUAUCCAGUCGCAAGCGCAAAUAUCUCUUAAACAACUGGAUUGGGAUUCAUGGAUUGGCCAAGCCAAUGCUGACGUUGAUCGAGACAGAGAAGCCCAUCCGCUAUGGGCCAUUCAGCUACAUUUGGGGCCGACCCUUGGGGAUAGAAUAACGGCCGAAGAAGUCAGAUUUAGGUCAUGGGAAGAAUCCGAUACUUUAGGCGAGAUUGAGGCGGCAGUCCGACGCUCUAUGGAGUACCUCUGCAACAUCCAGUUCAUCGUCCUUCCGUUCAAAGAGGUGUCUCCAAGCUCCUCACCAUCUAACUGGAGGUAUCUAUCUAAUAGCGAUAGCGACACAUCCGCAGACGAACGUCUAAGACAUGGAAAAGUAAUCGGAAAUGCCCAAACCAAGCACCACCAUACGAUUAUCAGUCGAUCCAAGUUGAGGUAUUGA